AUGGCAUCCACCGAGGAACCAGUCUCUAUUCCCUCGGACGUCGAUGCCGAAGAUGCGCCGCCCGCUACUCCGGUCGACUCGACCAUCCUCUCCGGGAGCGAGGAUGUGAACCAGUCCAGUCCGGAGGCAUCCAAGGAGAAUGUGCCGUCCAGCCCAGAGGCCUCGAAGGAGAAUACCCAGGCAUCCCCCGAAAAGACAAACCCGAGUGCAAAUGCUACGUCCAAGCGCCCGACCUCGAGCACCACGACGACUACCAAGCGGCCCACCUCGUCGACUACCGCGUCCAGAACCACGACCUCCACCGCGCGCGGCACUACUAGCUCGAGCACUCUGAAUAAGCCUCCUACGCGUCCUACGACCACCUCGGCUACUCGCAAACCGUUGAGCACCUCGACCACUUCAUCGCACCGCUCUCGUGCGUCGAUCAGCAGCUCCGCCGAUGAGAAACGGUCGAUGGCCAGUUCAGGAGAUGAGAAGAAGGGGAUCUCAGGCACCGCGAAGCGCAUGUCGAUGGCCGGCACCACGUCUUCUCGGACUCCGCUGAAGUCUACAACUUCAUCUACGGCCGAUCGCAGAGCGAGUGUUGCUACUAAGCCUACAACUACCACUUCGCGCACCGCUGCCUCUACCAGCAAGCCCGUCGGUAGACUGACGUCUUCGACGACACCUAGCAGCCGAACGGCUACGUCGACCACCACCACCAGCAGCCGCGCUGCGACUCGCCCGACUUCGACCACCGCCACGGCGAGGUCUGCAGUGUCCUCGGCAACGGACCCCAAGAAGCGUCUGAGCACGGCCGUUGGCUCUACGCGCAGCUCUGCUGACCCAGAGAAGUUGCAAUCGCUCCAGACCAAGCUCACAGAAAGCGAAGAGACUGUGGCCAGCCUCAAGGCUGAGUUGGAGACAGUCAACGAGAAGUUGAGCCAGCUGUCUGUCUCGGCGGACACCUCCAAGGAUACUGGCAAUAUGGACGCCAUCAAAGCCGAGCACGCCGCUGAGCUUGAGAAAUUGACGUCCAGCCAUGCUGAGGAACUGCAGUCCCUGAAGGUGCGACUGGAGGAGGCUGAGGUUCAGCGAAAGGACCUGGAAGAGAAGUCUCAGAAGGAGUUGGAGGACGCCAAGCAAUCCGCCUCUGAGCAAGGUGACAGCAAAACGGCUGCCCUGCUGGAUGAGCUCAAGGAGACACACAAGGCUCAACUGGAGAGCCUUGAAAAGGAACUCGCUGAGUACAAGGCCUCCGCUUCGACGUUUGAGGAACAGUUCAACACUCUAAAGGCUGAGCUCGAGUCUCAGAAGACCAGCGCGGAGGAAGACAAGGCCCUGGCUCUUGACAGUCUAGAGCGAGAGCUCAAGGGUCGUGACCAAGUUAUCGACAACCUCAACGUGGAGAUGAAUAAGUUGAGCGCCGCAAAAGAGCAAGAAAUUCGUGCGGCCCAGGAUGCUCUGAAACAGACCGUUUCUGAUCUCGAAGAAAAAGUAGCGUCUAUGGAGGCCAAGGUUGCCGAAGCUGAGGCCCUGGAGGCUAAGCUCGCCGACGCUGAAUCUGACGCCAUUGAGAGGCUGCAGAGAGAGCUUCAAGAGGCCCGCGACGCGGCCACCCAAGAAUUGGCCAACAAGGUGAAGGAGCUGGAGUCGACUCAUCAAGUUUCUGUUGCCAAUCUCAAAGCCGAGCACGACACUGCUCUGAGCAGCCUCUCCGCUUCCCACGCGGAAGAGCUGGCACUCGCCAAAGCUGCCGCGGAAUCAACGGGAACCGAGCACUCGCAGCAGCUCAAAGAGCUUCAGGAGGCACUGGACUCAUCCAACGCAGCUGCACAGAAGAGCCAGGAAGUCGCCGUUGCUGAGCUGAAGACUGCGCACGAGGCGGAGUUGAUCGCUCUUCAGGAAAAACUCAAUACCUCUGAGAAGUCUCUUGGCGAAACCCGACAAGCCCUAGAGGAUGUCAGCGCAUCCGCCGAAGAGGUUGCCGGUCAAGAAAUCGAAGGUCUUCGUCAGAAGGUCGAGGCCCUAGAGUCGCAGGUGUCUUCCGGAGCUGGAGAAAUCCAAGCUCUCCAGGAAGGUGUUCACAGCAAGCACAAGGAAGCCCAGGAGUUGCACCGCAGUCUGAAAGAUCUCGAGAACAUGGCUCAGUCCAAGGAUGCGGAGCAGGGGAGCAAGCUGAAAACCUUGGAGGCAAAGGCCGCGGAGGCGACUCGACUUCUGGAAGAGCACAAGGCUCAGAUCUCUACUACCGCUGAGGGCCAUGCCAAAGAUUUGGAGGAUCUGAAAGCCACUCACGCUGCCGAGCUGGAGAAUGUCAAGACUCAGGCUUCGGGCUCCCACGAGAGUGCCCUGGGUGAGCUUCAGUUGAAGCACGAUGAAUUGCUCGCCAAGCACGGGGAACUGGAGUCCAGCCAUGCCGGUCGCGUCGCUGCUCUUGAAGCGGAGCUUUCCUCUCACAGCGAGUCUCGCGACAAGGAAAUCGCCGGCCUUCAGAAGCAGCUCGAGGAGACCCAGGCCAAACUACAAGCUGAACUGGAAGCGUUGCAGGCCUCCAAGUCGGCGGAUGCUGAUGCUGAGGCCGAGCACGCGAGGGCCAUCGAAGAGCUCCUCACAGUCCAGGAAUCGAAGCUGUCGGCUCUGAGAGAGGAUAUUGAAGCAUCGCACAAAGCCAAGCUUGAGGAUCUUCAAAAGUCUCACGAGGGCGCCCUAGCCGAUAUGCACGAACAGCUUGCCCAGGCCCAGGCCAGCGCUGCCGAUACUUCGAAGGUUGAUCAAUUGAAUGCUACAAUUACGGGUCUUGAGCAGAAACUGGCGGAUUCAGAGCAUUCCCAUGCCGCGGUGCAGGAGUCGGCCACAUCUGCGUCUCGUGAUCUCGAAGGCAAGCACGCUGAAGAGAUGAUGAAGAUCCAGACCGAGCUCUCGAAGCUCACAGCUGAGCGGGCGGAGUUGGCAGAGAAACACCAGGCGGCCGAGGCUCAGAUCGAAGAACUUCACAAGUCUAUUGCCACGUCGACUAGCGAUAAGUCGGAUCUGGAGUCCGUCCAAAGGCAACUGUCCGCAACGCAGGAGGAGCACGCUGCACUGAGAGAGAAACACUCUGCCGCCAGUGAAGAACUUGAAGACUUCCGCUCCCGGACCAAGACGAUGGAAGAGAAACUGGAUGCCGGCGAACGGGACCUGAACGACCAGAUCGACAAGAACAUGCAGCUCCUCAACCAACUGGGCGACGUCGACUCUGCCAUUUCAGCCAGCCGCCGUCGUGUGCGCGAGCUGGAGGCUGAACUGGCAGCGUUGAAGCCGGACGAGCAGAAGGGCGCCUCGGGAGGUCUGGGCGCCAGCCGAUGGGCAGCAGACGAGGGUAACGAGCAAGCUGAAGGGGGUCCAGCCGCAGCGGAAGGUGAGGACCUCGGUUCAUCCAUUGAGGGAACGAUGGCCAGCAUUCAGGAACAGCUUAAACAUAUCCGCGCUGCAAACGAUGAUUGGUACGACGAGCAUCGCAAACUUAUCGGCGAACUCGCCCAACUCUCAAGGCGAAACACCCCCGAUCCCCGGAGUAGCCUCUCAUCCACGCCCCAUCUUGAAACUGCUCUCUCGGUACAAGGCUCGGAAAGCGGCCACAGCCGCCCUGACGAGGCCCGAUAG